GUCCACCAUUCACUCCAACUUUUAUUCCGGGUUUCCAUUUAGCAGUGACAAGCGAAGACCUUACAUCCACCUGGAGAGAAUACUGCCCAAUCCUUGCAGAACUGAUAGGCGCAGUAAACUGUCAGGAACAGAAUGAGGAUUUGCAAACAGAAGAUCCAGGGACCAACCCUAUUCGGGCUGAGCACUUAAGCCUUAUUUAUAAACACCAUUAUGUACACAGAGCUCAAAAACCCACAGGAUUUGUGUCGCCUUCUUCUGUCAUGUCCCUAUUGAUAUCCGGAAAGCAACACCAAUCUGGGUCGCUUGAUGACCCGCCAGCUCUAAUCGACAUGGUUUUGUCAAACGGAGAUAUCAACAUAAAGAUGAUUUGGCCAGCCACUGGGAAUAGUGUUCAGGUCUCUUUUAAUGAACAGACAGAUAUAGCGGUUGAGGUUGGAUGGUUCUAUCGCGAAGUCACAGAGCAAGAAAACACGAUCUAUGACCAUUACCUUGGCGCAACUGUCAAGAUGGAAGCGCAGGGCGAAGUUGUCAGUGAAGCUCUGCUUCAAACACGCUCACCUGUGUUUCCGCCCCACAAACGCGAAGCCUCAACAAAAGAGAUUAAGAUCCCAGGACAUGGGUUCUCGUCUACUAUGAGCCCAGCGCAAACUCUUCACCCACACUCAAUAACGACCAUUCAGUCAAAUCCAUAUAUUACCGACACAACCGCUGGCUGUGAGUUGCAAGUCCUACAUGUAUUGCCGCCAGGUAUCUUUGUGGAUCCAUUCCAGCUAGAAGGUCUCGCACCAGAAAUUGGCGAGGUGAUAGUUUUUGGAGAAACUGAUUUGGAGAAACCUGUGGGCGUAGUUUCUGGAUGGGGUAGCCUAGUGAUGGUUAAAGUGCAGCCCGAGAACUCUAGUAAGGCUUCAAGGUGGAUCGCAGGGAAUAUGACGGAUUCAAACGUUGAGAACAAGAAACGAUCAGAACCAUUACGCUAUUCAUCUACUGUUGAUAUCCCAAUGCAUAUGCGAUACCAACCUCCUGUAUCAGAAGGGAAUGCUGCGACGCACGUGGAUGUGUUAGUGCCUUGGCCACUUGUUGCAUGGGUUUGCCCAGUAUCACUUUCUGGAGACGAGGAAGCAUCAGCUACUGCAGCCAAGAAGCUAUUUCAUAUUCCACCUUUACCGCUCAAUCUUCUUUUCGGUUUUAAAGAUAAAAAGAGCAGUGUUCAGAGCGCAGAAGAAGGCUACAAUUUUAGGUUCUUACUACCAGAUCUUAUUCCAAGUCAAUACCCUGUGGCCCACGUCUCUGUCCCCGUGGGACGAUUGGAUGACCUGUCGGUUGUGAGAACAGCGACAUUUGCACUGGCAGGGGCAGGUACUUUGGCGGUUGUCUGGGCGCUAGUUAAGGCAGUCUUAGUACGGUCUUCUGCAAAGGGUAAAAUGGAUUAAUUCGAAAUAAAGAUCUAUUGAGAGAAAGUCGAGUGAACAAUGAAGAAACAAAAAUAAAAAAGGGUCCUAGGCUGUUUUCUUG